AUGCCACUUCCACCAAUCGACCCUCCCUUGCUGAACAGCGCCAACCCAUGGUGCAGCACGCGAGAAGACCUCGAAGCACUGUAUGUAUGCCCACAUACAGGAGCCGUGACGACAAGGACCAGUCUACUACUCGGAUUUGCACACGAUCCAUCAGUCCAUCAACAUGCCUUCUUCUCGACGCAAUCACACACAGCUACGACCGCGUCCGACUACACCAUCAGCGGGAAAGAGUAUCCGGCCAGUCUCAACACACUCGGCUACUCGCCCACACCCAUCGACACCUAUCUUCAAUGGAUAGAGCAAAUCGUCACCGCUUCUCCGAACACAAAACCCAAACCUUUCAUUGUCUCCGUCACAGGCUCGCCUCAAGAGGUUGCAGAAUGCUACACCCGAGUUGCAGCGCUCGCUGCCCGUAUCUCAGCACCGCUUGCUAUCGAAGCAAACCUCAGCUGCCCGAACAUCGCAAAUAAGCCACCACCAGCCUACUCAGGCUCGGCUUUGAAAGAAUAUCUUGAUGCGUUGGUGACGAUCCCACGGACGGUACCAUUUGGCUUAAAGACACCACCAUACACAUACGCUGGCCAGUUCAAGACGCUGGUAGAUACCCUGCGUGGAAACGGGACACAUACAAUCGACUUCAUCACUGCCACGAAUACGUUAGGCUCCUGUCUUGUAUUGGGUAACGAGGGUCGGCCUUUGCUUCCCUCAGCAGCGGGUACGGGGAUUGGAGGGCUUGCAGGCCAGCCUUUACAUCCGCUAGCUCUCGGCAAUGUCGCCACGCUGCGCCAGUUGCUCGAUGAGCAUCAUGAGUUGCGCCAUGUAGACAUCAUUGGUGUUGGUGGUGUUAGCGACGCCGCUGGACUUGCACGUAUGCAAGCAGUGGGUGCCAAAGUCGUGGCCGUAGGCACAGCUCUUGGAAGAGAAGGCCUGCCAGUAUUUGCUAAGAUUCUGCAUGGUAUCAAGACCUCAAAGUUGUGA